ACAUCAACCAAUCAACAAACCAACUUUAAUCCCAGUCAAAACUUCGCUACUGUUGCCGAGUUUGCAGUAAAAGUUUCGUGUGUGUUUUGUACUAAACCCAAGCAAGUGACUACACAAAAUGAAGUGCUUUACAACAAUUGCGCUGCUCGUCUGCCUGGCCGCCUGGACGCAAGCGGAGCCACCAGUACCCCAGAACCAAUAUCUGCCGCCCAAUCAGUCGCCUCAGGCGCCAACCAACAACUAUUUGCCACCCACACAAAGCUAUCAGUCGCCGUCCAACAACUACUUGCCGCCACAGCGUGCCGGCAAUGGCGCUGGAGCGGCACCCAGCAACAGCUAUGGUGCUCCUCUGCCCCAGAGCCAGUAUGGUGCACCAGCCUUGACCGGAGCGAUCUUCAAGGGACAGAAUGGCGGCGGUGCUGGCGGCUAUGGCGGUGGCAAUGCUGGUUACGGACAGCGCGACGAGGAACAGUACGGUCCGGCCAAAUACGAGUUCAAAUACGAUGUGCAGGAUUACGAGUCGGGCAAUGACUUUGGACACAUGGAAUCUCGUGAUGGUGAUCUCGCCGUUGGCCGUUACUACGUCCUGUUGCCCGAUGGCCGCAAACAGAUUGUCGAGUAUGAGGCUGAUCAGAACGGUUACCGUCCAACCAUCCGUUAUGAGCAGGUGGGCAAUGGCAAUGGCAACGGCAACGGCAAUGGACGCAAUGCAGGUGGUUACGAUAGCAAUGCGCAGGCGGGCAAGUUCAAUGGCUACCAAUAAGGAGAGUGCUGAAGGCGUUACCUUCUAGUGUUUUUUUCCAAUUUAAGUCGACCCUGUAACUAUACUUGUCUACUAUACACAUCGUUGUUGUAUCGCUAACCUAGCUGAGAGUAUUAAAUGUAUCUGUAACUUUGGUGCUGGCGCGGCGAUAACAGUUUGACAUGCACUCUUCUCGUAUUCAACUCUCCUUCUAUUCUCUCUCUCUAUCUCUCUCUGUCAGUCUCUCUGUUUAUUUAGUGCAACGCCGCCAUUUUGCCAUAGCCAGGCGCGUUCCAAUAUCCACUGUUCCUUCUUUCACAUGUCCCAUGUCUCACUUUGUAUUUUUGCCGUUUGUUUUGUUAAGCGCCUUCAUUUUGUGUCAGUCCACACAGACACACACAAACACACACACACCACAACCACAACCAACACCAACAUGACCAUCACACGCAUUCAUACAUACUUAUACAUAAGCAUUGUAUUUAAUUUUAAUGAAUCUUUAUAAAAACUAAAAAAAAUGCAUUUGGAGCACACACGAAACAUGCAAAUUAUGUAAACAUCAUGUGUACGAAAACAUAUGAGAUUUUUUGUGUAAAA